UGUUUGAAUACUCAAAGCGAGCAGACGUCGCUCCGCUUAGCAAAAUGAAUACUGGUACCUUUCUACUUGUUGCUGCCGCUGCGAUUAGCUUGGCCGCCGCUUCUAGCAUACCGGCGGCCGGUGAAGUGCCGCACAAUCCGCUGGAGCACGAUUCGCUGCAUGCCAAGCAUUUCGAUGGAGGCGAGCACAAUACCCAGUUUGACCACGAAGCCUUUUUGGGCGCUGACGAGGCCAAGAAGUACGAUGAACUCUCGCCGGAGGAGAGCAAGCGACGCCUCGGCCUGAUUGUGGAUCGCAUUGAUGAAGAUAAAGAUGGUUUCAUAACGCUGGCUGAGCUCAAAGCCUGGAUCCAGUACACGCAGCGUCGCUACAUUGACGAAGAUGUGGGUCGGCUGUGGCGUCAGCACAAUCCGGAUAACGAGACAACCAUUAGCUGGGAAACGUAUCGCAACUCUAUUUAUGGUUUUAUGGAUGCACUGGAUAAGGAGGAACUGGAGCAGGAGGAGCAUGGUAUCUCUUACAAGAGCAUGCUGAAACGUGAUCGCCGUCGGUGGGCUGUGGCCGAUCAGGAUCUGGACGAUAAAUUGACGCGCGAGGAGUUUACAGCCUUCUUGCAUCCUGAGGAACAUCCGACCAUGCGUGAUGUAGUACUGCAGGAGACCACCGAGGACUUGGACAAGGACAAGGAUGGCAAAAUUUCCGUUGACGAAUACAUUGGUGACAUGUACCGCCCCUCGGAGCCCAAUGAGGAUGAGCCCGAAUGGGUGCUCAGCGAACGCGAAGCAUUUUCCAAGCAUCGCGACCUGGACCAAGAUGGUUACCUAACCGAGGCGGAAAUACGCCAAUGGAUUGUGCCGAAUGACUUUGAUCACGCCGAGAGCGAGGCCAAGCAUUUGAUAUUCGAGGCUGACGAGGAUAACGAUGAGAAGCUAACCAAAGCCGAAGUGCUCGACAAAUACGACGUGUUCGUAGGCUCCCAAGUCACCGACUUUGGCGAGGCACUGGCACGCCAUGACGAGUUCUAAGAUCGAAGAGAGAGAUUAACCACAAGUCUCUAGCUUAUAAGUUAACUAACUCCCAACUUGAAUGCCAAAUACCUUGUAAUACAUUUAGCCAUGUAAGACCAACUCUGCAAGUGCAUUAUAACAGACUUAACGCUAUAGAAUAA